ACUAAUGGUGAGUCCUUGCCUCCUCCCAGGGCUAUGCGGUACUUGUCAUAAGCUCCAGAGAGUUGCUUUCCACAGAGAGCAGGCCCAACAUGAAGUCGAAUCCUGCCAUCCAGGCUGCCAUCGACCUGACGGCGGGGGCUGCAGGGGGCACAGCAUGUGUGCUGACUGGGCAGCCCUUUGACACAAUGAAGGUGAAGAUGCAGACUUUCCCCGACCUGUACCGGGGCCUGACUGACUGCUGCCUGAAGACCUACUCCCAGGUGGGCUUCCGUGGCUUCUACAAGGGAACCAGCCCAGCACUGAUCGCCAAUAUCGCUGAGAACUCAGUCCUCUUCAUGUGCUAUGGCUUCUGCCAGCAGGUGGUACGAAAAGUGGUUGGAUUAGACAAGCAGGCAAAGCUGAGUGAUCUGCAGAACGCCGCCGCUGGUUCCUUUGCCUCUGCCUUUGCCGCGCUGGUGCUCUGCCCCACGGAGCUUGUGAAGUGCCGGUUGCAGACCAUGUAUGAGAUGGAGUCGUCGGGAAAGAUAGCCAAGAGCCAGAAUACAGUUUGGUCCGUAGUGAAGAGUAUCCUUAGAAAGGAUGGUCCUUUGGGCUUCUACCACGGACUCUCCAGCACUUUACUUCGAGAAGUACCUGGCUAUUUCUUCUUCUUCGGUGGCUAUGAACUGAGCCGAUCAUUUUUUGCAUCAGGGAGAUCAAAAGAUGAACUAGGCCCUGUGCCUUUGAUGUUAAGUGGUGGAGUUGGUGGAAUUUGCCUCUGGCUUGCAGUGUACCCAGUGGAUUGUAUCAAAUCCAGAAUUCAAGUUCUUUCUAUGUCUGGAAAACAAGCAGGAUUUAUUGGAACCUUUAUAAGUGUUGUGAAAAAUGAAGGAAUAACAGCCUUAUAUUCUGGACUGAAACCUACAAUGAUUCGAGCAUUCCCUGCCAAUGGGGCACUAUUUCUGGCCUACGAAUACAGCAGGAAGCUGAUGAUGAGCCAGUUGGAAGCAUGCUGACGUGUCCUAGCAGGCCUGGAUCCAAGCACAGGUGUCUGAGGAGCACAGCUUAACUCAGGGUUUCACAGAAUACAAGACCAAUAUGGAAUUAUUUUUAUUUCUUGAGAAUUUGCCUUUGUCUUCUCUUCUUCUACCCUAAAUCAUAAACUUUAUGGAAGGACCUCUAUUUUACAUUAUAUAAUUUCUGCCCAUAAUUAAACAGACAAGUUGCUUCCUUGCCCUUGGUAGACUAUACAGGGUGGCUGGUGGCCCUGUGCUCCUAGUUUGGAAGACUUUUGCAUGACCCUGUAUGUGUACAUACAGUUUGGAUCGUUUUAUGUUGAGGGAAACAAUUUAGUUCUAUCCUCAUGUUUAAUUUCAAAUAAUUGCCAAAAAAACCCUCAGAGGUGACCAUUUUUCAUAAAGAUGGUUAUAAAUGACUGCUUAGCCCAUUCUAGAUGCAGGGUCUCUUAAAGUUUGCUCACGUGUACUUUUCUAAAUGGUUACACGUUUUUAAAGAGUUUUCAUGUUGUACUUAGAAACUGAAAUGCACAUCUAAAUUGUAGGGAACAAUGAACCUGCAUACAGGUAUGGCUUCCACAUUCUUGAGCUUAAGUAUCAGAGUAGGCAUCCUGGAUUUUUCCAAGAUCCUCUACUCUAAAAAUAGUGCCAUUCAUUUUCUAGAUGGAUCGUCUUCCAUACUCUGAGCACAUUGCCAGUGCAGGCCCAGAAGAUAAUUGGUGGUCAUCCCUAGCCAUGUGGUCAGCAGUGCGGCCUUCACCAACUUCCCUUCUUUUCUCUCAAAGAGCUGCCUUCCACUGCUGGCCUUUAGGAUGAGGAAGGGGCUGAGGGCUGUGCUGCUGUGUCUUGAGGAAGACCUAUGUAGGUGACCUCAGCUCUUAACUUCUGUCUCUGGAGCCUGGCCUGGGAAGGACUUCAGAGUGUCUAUUGGUCCAUCUGGGGCUGUCAGUCCACUUUGGACCACUCACUGUCCUCUCUGCCUUCACCAAUCAGAAGUCCUUUCAUGGAACUGAGAGUGCCAAAGCCUAGAGAAGCCUUUGUUCCCUGUUUGGAGAUUGAGUGACAGUAAUCUUGGGUAAAGUCCUCUCCUCCCAGACAGAACUAGGGAGAACUUAGUGCUGUACUUCACAGGAAGUAAUGUCAGGGCUGAUGCACUCUGAGGUUUACCUUGGGAUCCCUCAAGAUUUGCCAUGAGUUUACAGUAGCAGAGCAUUCUAUAUUUGGUACUGGCAGUCAAUGUAUUUUAGUGAUGACUAUAUAUGGGGUGUGACUUCAUAAAUCAAUGAACAUAAGAAAGCAGUUUUAUUAAACUAUGUCACAUGUACUGGGUCACUGGAAAAGUCAUGACACAUUUUUGCAUAGAAAAACAUAGAAAAAAUAUGUCAUGACUUUUCCGAUGACCCAAUAUAUACCAACCAAAAACCUCAAAUCCCACAGUUCACCUGAUCCCCACAGAGGUGUGGAUGGCCGGCUGUUCUUUGGCCUAUGGUAUAAGAGUGUUGUUCUCAUCACUAGGUUGGGCCUCCUCAUACUGUGUAGCUUCAAAGAAUACAAAGUGUUCUUAAGCAGCCUCAAAGCUGACGGGAAGCAGCCUACCAGUUUUAAUGAACCUAUACCAUGUGUGUCUGUUCCUGUCAAAAGAAUGUAAAUAUGCAAAACCUCCAGUUUCCUUA